AUUACCACUACCACUAAAUGGGCACGAACUUCAAAGUUCAAUAAACAGGCAAAAACCAGUCCACGGCGGCGAAAUCACUGAUGUCGACGGCGACGGCGUCGUUUCUAGUUCACAAUCGCCCACCCCUCGCAACUCUACACUUCAAUUCGAAACCUCCAAGAAGAAGACGAGUUGUCGCGUUCAGCCCUAGAACAUGGCCUUUCGAGAGAAUCGUUUUGAGGACUGGUUUGGUUUGCGGCGGAGCUCGGCGGAACUCCCCCACCACCGCCUCCGCUCAGCCUCUUCCGGAAGGGGAUGGCGAUGGCAAUUUGCGGCGAGUCCUGCAGUUCAGUCUGUGGGUUGCUGAGGGAAUCUAUAUAUUGUGGCUCUUCUUGCUUCCUUAUGCCCCAGGGGAUCCUGUAUGGGCGAUCAGUUCAGACACGAUUAAUUCUCUUGUGGGCCUUUCUCUAAAUUUCUUCUUUAUUCUGCCUUUAAUGAACUCUGUUGGCAUUCGUCUCAUUGAUGCACCAGUACUUCACCCAGUAAGGAUCAGUAAUUCUAUGGCUGAGGGACUAUUCAACUUUGUUAUUGGGUGGACUUUCAUGUUUGCUCCCUUGCUAUUCACGGAUUAUAAACGAGACAGAUACAAGGGUUCACUAGACAUUUUAUGGGGCUUCCAAAUGUUCCUUACAAACACAUUCUUGAUACCUUACAUGGCGAUCCGGCUAGAUUCGGCUGAUGCCCAGAAUACUCCAACAAAGUCCUCUCAACUAGCUUCUGUGAUGACUAAUGGUGCACCUGUUGUCGGAUUGAUUGGUGGUGCCAUAUGUUUGAUAUCUACAUUGUGGGCACUGUUUGGCCGACCAGAUGGUAAUUUUGGGGGCAUUGCGGACAGAUGGGACUUCUUGGUAAGUUAUAUAGGAUCCGAGAGGCUGGCUUAUGCCUUCAUUUGGGAUAUAUGUCUCUACACAAUCUUCCAGCCUUGGUUGAUUGGUGAUAACAUACAAAAUGUUCAGAAAAGCAAGGUUAAUAUUGCGAAUUAUCUUAGAUUUGUCCCGGUAGUUGGCUUAGUCGUGUACCUUGUCUGUUUGAAUCUUGAUGAAGAGGUAUAGUUAAAUGAACUAUUGAUUGAACC